AUGGCAACAGGGGAUCGUUGGUUGUGCGUAAGCGCAGCUUUGCUGUGCUUUGCCACACUCAGUGCCGGUCAAUUCUACAAUGACGAAGAACGGGAAGCGAAAAGCAAUAUCGUCUGGUGUGCCACCAGCCAGGAAGAGACGUACAAAUGCCAAAACUUUACCAAGGCACUUGAGCGGGAUGUUGCUUUGUUUAAUGAUUUUUUCAUGAACGUCUCCUGCCAUCACGGAUACGACCAGGAUGAGUGUAUGGGACUGAUAAAUGACCGCAGAGCGGAUGUUAUGACGCUCGAUGCGGGUGAAGUGUUUAGCGGUGGUAGAUUCCAUUCGCUGAUUCCGCUUAUGCAGGAAGGUUACGAGGGAGGCUUCACACAGUAUCAUGCGGUAGCCGUGGUCAAGAAAGGAUCGCUACCGGACGUGACCCAUCUGAGACAGUUGCGUGGCAAGAAAGCGUGCUUUGCAUGGGUAGGAAGCCAUGCAGGAUGGACUGUUCCGAUACAUACCUUACAACGUGAAGGAGGACUGGCAGUUACUGACUGUAACAAUAUCGUUAAAACUGCAACCGAUUACUUCGGACCGUCGUGUGCUGUGAAUGCGCUGAUCGAUAAAUACAACCCCAUCGGCGAUAACUCUAACAAACUCUGCUCGAUAUGCACGGGUGUGGUUCCCGGUGGCAAAUGUACCCCGACCGAUCCUUACGCUGGGUUUGAGGGAGCAUUCCGUUGCCUAGUGGAGGCUGGCGAUAUAGCGUUCCUGAAGCACACCACCGUGGAGGAAAUGGUGGACAGUGGAUUCAUUCCUGGUGUUACCACUGAUCAGUUCGAGUUGCUGUGUCGUGACGGUACCCGUCAGCCCGUUUCCCAGUAUCGGCAAUGCGAAUGGGGAAAUGUUCCAUCGCACGCGCUUGUCGUAUCUAGCGCCACGUCCAAAUCGGACCGACGAAGGUUAAAGAAAUUCUUCACGAAAGCCGUCAAUCUGUACGCGUCGAAGCAGCGUCGGUAUAACAGUACCGCGGGACCGGGAUACGAUCGGCAGGACGAUCGUUACCGGCCAUACCAAAAUCCGUACUCGACCACUUCGACAACAACAUAUUCACCGUUCGCCGUUACCACCGAUCAGAACAUGUAUAACGAAAGUCAACCCUACGAAUCGUUCGAUCUAUUCGAGUCGAAGCGUUACGGCAGACGGUUGAACCUGAUGUUCCAGGAUGCGGCACGCCAUUUAGCACCGAUCGAUGACGAUAAGCAAAACUAUCAAAGGUAUCUGGGCAAAUCGUUGGACCAAAUCUACGAGACACGGUCCUGUCCGGUGGGAAGAAUGAUGCUGUGCGUCACCUCGGAUGCGGAGUACGAAAAGUGCAUCAAAAUGCGUACGGCUCUGAAGGCUCAACUGAUCAAGCCGGAUAUGUUGUGCACGAAGGCACAUUCGCACAUUACUUGCAUGCAACACAUCCAAUCCGGAACCGCCGAUGUGACCGUGCUCGAUGCGAGCGAUGUGUAUACGGCCGGUUUAUAUUACGACUUGAUGCCUUUCAUGUCGGAGGUGUACGAUCUGGGACUGCCCGAGUACUACGUAGUAGCCGUGGCAAAGGAAGAAGAUCCCGAUACGGAGCUUACCUAUCUGCGGGGUAAGAAUACGUGCCAUUCGGGUAUGAACACGGCUGCCGGGUGGGUUUAUCCGAUGGCCUACCUGAUAUCGAACGGUUGGAUACGCCCGUACGGUUGCGAUAGUAUUCGUGCUGCCGCAGAGUAUUUCACUAAAUCGUGUGUGCCUGGAGCUAUCAGUAAGGAAUAUAACACUGGCGUACCGUACGAUAACAUGUGUGAUCUGUGUCAUGGUAGCAGCUUCCGGUAUUGCCGUCGUGACGCGUCGGAAGAUUACUAUGGCAAUUCGGGCGCAUUCCGUUGCUUGGUUGAGGGCGGUGGUCAUGUGGCGUUCGUACGACACACGACGGUGAUUGAGAAUACGGGUGGCAAGAAGCGCGAAUGGUGGGCCCGAGAUGCGCUGCCCGACGAUUUCGAACUGCUGUGUCCGGACGGAACCAGGGCGGAGGUGAACGAGUAUAAGAAAUGUAAUCUGGGAAAGGUGAAGGCCAACGCUAUUGUGGCACGCGGAGGACGAGGAUACAACGGGACCGAGCUGAAAGCUUACAUCAAUCUCUUUACCUAUGCGCAGCAGUUUUACGGACGAAAAUUCUCCGACGAAUUCAGUUUCAGCAUGUUCUAUUCCGUUCCGCCGUAUCACGAUUUAAUCUUUUCCGACGCUACCCGCGGUCUGCGCGUAGUUGACUCCGACAAGCGUUGGUUCGACGCAUAUCUGGGAUCGAACUUUAUGCGCGCCCGUCGCAUCACCGAUUGCCAUGCAGGUGCGAGUAGUUUGAAGCUGAGUGCCUUUGGUAGCUUGUUGCUUGCUGGGGUGGUAGCAUUGUUUUGGUCACGAAACAUACUUUAA